ACUGGGCCCGCCCCAUGUCCCCACCACCACCGGGAGCGGAGAGAAGGGGAGCCACGACCGUCGCUGGGGGAGGAUCCUGCCCGCCACCCUGCUCCCUGCCGGGGGCCGGGUGUGCGGGACAGAGCGCAGCGGCGAUGGCCCUGCUGCCGCGGCGGUUUCUCUGCUUCGUGCUGGCCCAUCACUUCAUCGCAGUGACAGCGUGCCAGGAGGCAGACUACAGCUGGAUGAUCCAGCACUACUGCCUGAAGCAGUUCCAGCUCAGCAUGGAGGGCAUUGGGCAACGGCUCUGGUGUGACUGGGAUGAGACCAUGGGCACCUAUGGGGAGCUGACGAACUGCACGGCGCUCAUCGCAGAGAGGCUCGACUGCUACUGGCCCAACCGGCUGGUGGACGAGUUCUUCGUCGCCGUGCACAAACAGUACUUCAGGAACUGCUCCCCCUCCGGCCGGGCGCUGCACGACCCCCCCAACAGCAUCCUCUGCCCCUUCAUCCUGCUGCCCAUCCUCAUCACCUUGCUGAUGACCGCACUGGUGGUAUGGAGGAGCAAACGCAGUGAGGGCAUUGUGUAGGGACACCCUGCCACUGGGACAGGGGAGGGACCACCUCUGGACUGUCUGGUUUUUGGAAGACCUUGGCAGAGGAGCAUCAGUGGGGGGUACAAAGCCCUGGAGGCAGAUUCAGCAGUGCCACAGCUCCUCCUUUGCACCACAAGUGUGCCACCUGCCUGGCAUGAGGAGGUAAUGACAAGGCCAAUGGGUCUGGGUGCAAUGAGACCACCACGGAUU